UGCGGCAAGAAGUUCAAGCGCAUGGAGCACCUCAAGCGGCACAACAAGGUGCAUACGCAAGAGAAGCCGUUCCCUUGCUCGUACCCAGGGUGUCAAAAGUCUUUUGGUCGCAGUGACAAUUUGUCGCAGCAUCUCAAAACGCACUACCGU